CCGUUGGGCCGGCCGAGGGGGGCUGGGAGGCCAUGGCGGCCACGUUCUUCGGGGAGGUGGUGUGGUCGCGAUGCCGGGCCGGCACGGAGGACGAGGAGGAGGAGGAGGACGAGCGGCGGGAGACGCCCGAGGACCGGGAGGUCCGGCGGCAGCGCGCGCGGGAGAGGGAGGUGAGGCUUUUUCGAAGGCAGACGAAGACCGCUUGGGAUGUUUCUCUGCUGGAAAAGUAUCCCUGCUCCAAGUUCAUCAUCGCCAUCGGGAACAACGCUGUGGCCUUUUUGUCGUCGUUUGUCAUGAAUUCGGGAGUCUGGGAAGAAGUUGGUUGUGCUAAACUGUGGAACGAAUGGUGCCGGACCACAGACACGAUCCAUGUGUCUCCCGCCGAGGCGUUCUGCGUGUUCUACCAUCACAAAGCCAAUCCCUCGGUCGUCCUUUGCCAGUGCAGCUGCUACGUGGCCGAUGACCAGCAGUACCAGUGGCUGGAGAAGGUCUUCGGCUCCUGCCCACGGAAGAACAUGCAAGUGACUAUUCUCACGUGUCGCCACGUCACGGACUAUAAAAGCCCCGAGUCGACGGGCAGCCUGCCCUCACCGUUCCUGCGGGCCCUCAGGACACGGGACUACCGGGAGCCCCUGUGCUGUCCGCUGCUCGAGCAGCCCAACAUCGCACAUGACCUCCCCGCUGCAGUCCUGAGCCACUGCCAGGUGUGGGGGAUCCCGGCUGUGCUAUACCUGUGCUACACAGACGUGAUGAAGCUGGACCCGGUGACAGCGGAGGCCUUCCAGCCCCUCCUGGAGUCCCGGAGCCUACGGGGUUUGGUGAAGAAUGUUCCUCAGAGCAGAGAGAUACUGAAGAAGCUGAUAACGACGACUGAGGUUCAGAGUAACAUCUACACGUGACUGCGGGGGUGG